AUGGAACCAAAGCUGCCACAUCUUUGCUAUUGCCUUCUACUUUUUCUUCCACUACUCUUUCAGUCUGCCAUAGCCAAUCCUUCAUCAUCAGCAAACCAUAGAAAAAGCAUCAACUUCAUCGUAUCCUCAUGCCGCACCACGCGUUACCCUACUCUCUGCAUCAAAUGCCUCGCGGCUUUUGCCAGCAAAAUCCGCCGCAACGAAAACCGGUUAGCUCAAACCGCUUUAGCCGUUACUCUAGUCCGGGUUCGGUCCACGACUGCCUACGUAGCUAAGCUGACUAAAGCAAGAAAAGCCAAACGCAGAGAGUACUUAGCCGUGAAGGAUUGUGUGGAGAAUCUUGGAGAUGGCUUAACGAUGUUGGCUCAGUCGAUGAGGGAAAUGAAACAAGUGUGUCGAUCCGGUUGUGGUCGGGACGAGUUCUUGUGGCGGCUGAGUAACGUUGAGACUUGGGUUAGUGCUGCUUUAACGGAUGAGACAACGUGUCUUGAUGGGUUUGAUGGGAAGGUUAUGGAUGGUGUGGUGAAAAUGGCGAUCAGAAGACGAGUGGUGCAUGUGGCUCGAGUUACUAGUAACGCCUUGGCUCUUGUAAACCGGUUCGCAUCUCGUCAUAAAUCAUAGAUUCGAGUAAAAAAACAAAAGAGUAUUCGGUCCUUAAUUAGUUUUUGUCAUGUCUUCCUUUUUCUUAUGUGUUUGCUUUUGUUUCUUAAUGGAUAAUUUGUAUUUAUUUGUAGUCUUGUGAUAUUUUAUUCUCAUGUCAUGGUUUGAAUAGAGAUCAUGAUUAGAGGUGGAGACAAAUACUCUCUUUUUUUUUGUCACACAAACGAUUAUAUUAAUCUA